UGACUGGUGGGUGAUUCGCAGGAGCUGUUCUUCUCUGUCUUUGGGACUCCUUGCGACAGCAUCAGGCAACUGCCAUAGAGCCAAGGGACGCCUCCUAGGAUCCCCAAUGCGGUACAGGAUACAGGCACACUGAGAGCCUGAGUCUCGGACCCGCCAGCUCGCAGCUUGAAGAAACCCCAGCCGCGUGAGGAACAGCAUCAGCUCACGCUCUGUGGCUCCUCAAGCUUGCCAUCUCCCACUGGAACCCCAACGUGAAGGCGCAGGAAAGGGAGAGCCUGGCAAAUGUAUUGCGGCAGGAUCAGCUAGACGCCAGAGACAGGCAAGGCGAGCGUGCUCACUUGCAACCCUGCCUCGAAGCUUCAGUAUUGAGCGAGCAUGGCAUCCAAGGUUGAAUUCGUCGGGCCUCCCCAGCGAGGCGCAGCGCCGAUGGCCGUCACUCCAAAGAAGCGGGCAGUACCUCUUGAGCAGGUCCACUUCCGCAACACUGCUCCUAGCCCCAGCAAGCGAAGCCGCUCCUCCAAGACGGAGAGUAGCAUGGACGUGGCAGCAGACGCGCCUAGCACAGGAACGGGGGAGAACCUCGCCAUGAGCAUCUCUGGCUUCACCGUGCGCGACCAGCAUCCUUUGCCUAAGCAGGAAGCGCCAGGUGCAACAACCUUAUUGAUGGGAAAGGAUCAGCAGCAUGGAAAGAAAGUCAUCGCAAAGACGAACAGAUCGGUAACUGAAACCACCACCCGUAUUGAUAAGUAUCCAAGGAUAUCAGAGGCUGAGCGCAUGGCGCGUGAGAAACAACGCGCCGUUGAGAUGGCUGCAUAUAGGAACAAGUACCGCAAGGCUUUCCCCACCUUCAUCUUCUAUUUGGACGAUUUCAAUGAUGCUGAAAAAGAAGAGCUUGCCGCACGCGUGGAAGCCUUGGGAGGUCAUGUGGAGCCUUUCUUCUCGAAGAGUUGCACGCAUCUAGUCUCCGGAAGAUCUUCCUUCAGCAAGCGCGAGGCAGCAGGCAAGGGAAGCAGUCGCGCAGGCGAUACUGCUUUGAGGGCCAAGGAGAACAUGAAUCUUCCAGUCGCCGCACGCAAUUCACUUCCUCUUAAUCAGGUUCCUAUUCAUUCCGACCGCAACCCAUUCGACGAAAAUGCUCGCCAACAAUCCAAUGAUGUACUCACAAAGGCCGCACGCUUGAACAUCAGGAUUUGGGUCAAGCAGAAAUUCCUCACAAUCCUUGACACGCUCGAGGAUAAAGUGCAGCUCUAUCAGCCUCCAGAAGUCCGUCAUGACCUUUCCCAUAUGCUGCAUCAAGAAAAGCUUCACGGAACGCUUGAACGAGACUUGCUUGCGCAGAGGCAAGAUCAUUAUUACUUCUCUAAGGGCUGCUAUUACCUGCUCGUGGAAGACGCCACGGGUGAGCAUCGUCCGAUUGCAAUUGAAGAGCAUAAGAAGACCGGGCCCCAUCACGACCCGAGCUGGCCAGUGCUGUACAACGAUGGCGAAGGCAGGUGCCCAUUCACGCGCUGCGAAGCUUUUCGCAGACGUCAGCAAGGGCCCUCACAAAAUGCGCAUCAGACACUUCGACGCUCGGUGUCCCUCAGCCAACUACGCAAGCCUUUGUUCCCUCCUCCAGCUGACUUGAAUCCUUUGACGACGGAGAUGCAACGAGACUAUCCUCUUGCUUCAGGCAACAGCGUGGCUAUCACUUCCAAUUGGGGCUCCACCACAUCGGCUCUGAACGAGCACGCGGGAGCGGGAGGCCAAGCCGCGAUGGACCCGCGUGUGGCUCAGCUCAGUCGCAGGACCAUGACCAUGACUCCAUCUGGCCACAAACUAGGAGCCAUGUACCCAAAGGAGCGAUUAGGACCCGUGAGACAGCUGUUGGCAAUGCGUGCAGCCAACAAAGGCGCGAAUCCUCUGGCCGGCAUGCGCAGAUCGGUCAGCACGAAUGAUGCAGUUCAGCGCGAGAGAGAGGACAAGAAGCCAGGCUAUUGCGAAAACUGCAGGGUCAAAUACGACGACUUUGACGAACACAUUGCGAGCCGCAAACACCGCAAGUUCGCGGUGAAUGAGCUGCACUUCGUCGAGAUCGAUUCCCUGAUCAGUCGGGUUGAGCGUGAGGUAGUCGAAAAAGAGGAUUACGACGAUCAUCCUUUCGAAAAUCCCGAGUGGUCCGACGACCAUCAUUCCGAGGAGUGGUCCGAUUGACUUACGUGCAUCCCACUCGCUCCAAAUUACAAGCUGUAUGAGCCCAAUCCAGGACCCCAGCCGAACAUCAACACCAGCACCGCCUCACAUUGUACGAUAUACAUCCUUUCAUCACAGCACAUGUACGUACGCAAGUCCAAUUAAAUGUCAAGUU